AGCGCGAACAACGGGAUCGAAAGUGUCCAUGUGAAGCUCGAGCUAAAUUUACGUCUGUUUCAAGCUGCACUCGGUCCUGCGGCUGUCAAGGGGACAGCAAUGAUAAAAUGUGUUGAUACAUGUGAAUAACUUUUGUCUGAUUUUAUUGAAUAUAUAUAUAUCGAUCAUGUCCCUGGCUGUAUCGCGUGCCCUGUGUAGGGUAUUGUCCCGACAGACUGCAGCGCCAACUAACGUUAGGUGAGUUGUCACAUGCAAUGCUGGUUAGCAUAGGCGAGCUAGCUAACGUUAGCUACAGCAGUUUAACAUGUUUUAUUCUCUCUUCAUGUGGUGGUUGAUGCAUGAUUUUCUCAUACAGCAGUAUGCUAAAACCUGAGCAGGUUAGCUAACUACGUUAUCUAUUCACUGCAGUGGCAUUCCACAAGGUUCGAUUUUGGGUCCGCUACUGUUCAGUUUAUAUAUGUUACCUAUUGGCAGCUUUAUCAGAAAGCACAGCAUUGAUUUUCACUACUACGCAGACAAUACACAGCUUUACAUUUCGGUGUCACCAGAGGAUUUUAACUCCACUGAUAAAUUAUUAGACUGUAUUAGUGAUUUCAAUACUUGGAUGGCUCACAACUUCCUCCAGCUAAAUCAAUACAAGACCGAGGUACUUAUUGUUGGAGCCAAAGCACAGAGAGAAAAUCUAGCUGCACAUUUUAAUUCAUGGGCAAUAAAUAUUAAACACCAGGUACAAAACCUAGGUGUUAUUUUAGAUUCUGAUCUAAAUUUCGAAUCACACAUUAGGAAUGUGACCAAAAUAGCUUUUUAUCACCUGAGGAACAUUGCCACGGUGUGGCCGUUUCUCUCUCAGGCUGAUACAGGAGACUCAUCCAUGCUUUUAUUACAAGAAGGCUUGACUACUGUAAUGCUCUCCUGGCUGGUCUACACAAGAAAGCCAUUGGUCAACUGCAAAACAUACACGGGUACUGACCAAGACCAGACAGAGAGCACACAUUACACCGGUUUUAAGGUCUCUGCACUGGCUGCCUGUGAGUUUUAUAAUUCAUUUUAAGAUUCUUCUAUUGUUUUUUAAAAAUCAUUCCACGAUUGUGCACCCUAAUACGUCAGACAUGAUUUUAAGUUAUGUACCCAGUAGGUCCCUCAGGUCCUCUGGCACUGUCCUUUUAACUAUCCCAAAGCCUAGGACCAAGAGACAGGCAGCCUUUAGUUAUUAUGCCCUCAGCCUCUGGAAUAGACUGCCUGAGAACCUGAGGGGGCCUGAAAAUGUAGACAUAAAAGAGAUCUUAAAACACAUAUUUUUUGCUUUGCUUUUCAUCAGGGUGCUUUUUAGUUGUUCAGUUUGUCAUUAUUAUUUUUUUAAAAAUCUUGUUUGUUGUGUAGUAAAUAUUUCAGCUUUUAUUUUCAUUGUUUUUUUUGUUCUUUCCUGUAAAGCACACUGCAUUGCAUUCCAUGUCUGAAAUGUGCUGUAAAAAGCUUGAUUUGAUCCGUUACAGUGGCUAGAUUGAGCUAACUGGUAGUUCUCCCCUUGGUAUAAUAAUUAUAAUAAUAUAAUAAUAAUAAUAAUAAUUAAUAAUUAAUCAUUAAUAAUUGGUCAUUUAGCAGACGCUCUUAUCCAGAGCGACUUACAGGAGCAAUUAGGGUUAAGUGCCUUGCUCAAGGGCACAUCGACAGAUUUUUCACCUAGUCGGCUCGGGGAUUAGAACCAGCGACCUUUCGGUUACUGGCACAACGCUCUUAACCACUAAGCUACCUGCCGCCCUUAUGUAUGUUGUACUGCACAGCUCUUUGAUGGGAGUGGAUGGUCAUGUCAGACAAGGUCCUUGGUUUGCAUCCGUACUCACAUUGAAGACAUCUGCGCCACUAAGGUAAGUUGAAGAUCCUUUUGUCUAUAAAGGGUUUGUUCUCUGGUGCACUUUCACUCUCUUUGCAGUUUGCUAUAGGCACCAUUUGUUAUAAAUGUACUACAAGCAAAACUCUCACUCAUUCUGCCUGUAUGUGCUCUAACAGAGCGGAGCCCAAGAAGAAGAAGAAAGUGGACCCUCGUAGAGAGCAAAUGGUGAGAGAGAGACUGAAGAAGAAAUUGAAGAAGCUGGAGAGAGUUCCUCCUGAGCUCAUUCCCAUAGAAGACUUCACAACCCCAGCCAAAUGCAUGGACGAGACCAGGUAUGGCACCUUUAGUGUUUGAAUUAAUGGAGUGGCUGACAUUCCCAUACAGAAUUUGGGCACCACCAUGAGUUAGUAGGGUCUGCCCACCAUAGUAUUGAAGUGGGCACCUCCAUAAACUUUGAAUAUUCACUGUUGCUUCACCCCCAACAGUCAAUAGUGGCUUAGUUUGAACCCUACUUACCAUAGUGAUAUCCAGCAAUAGUCAUAGAAACACACCAUACCUCAGGACUAAAUCAGCUAAUGGAAUGAAAUUGAGCAUACUGUCAAUAUAUAUGAUGCUGUGCUUAACAUAUUGGUAUGUUGAGUGACACACUAUUAGUGCAAUCCCCAAAUGCAUUUCUCUGUCCCAAUGUACACCUGAACAGGUCCCUACUCUAUUUGUUAAUUUUCCCUAGGGUACGUGGUGCUCCUCAGCUUCCCUUUGAGGAGAGUGAACGUCGGGCUCUACUACUGAAGGAGUGGUCCCGCUACAAACAGGUAAAUGUGAUCUUGUAAGCCAAUGUUGGUUUAAACUCAUAUCACUACAGCCGUAUUUGGAAGUAGUAAACAGUGAGCAGACAUUAACAGUACCUUCUUUGUAGACAUUUUGAUAUACCCAGUUUAUGUGCCACAUUGACUUCUUUCUGACCUGUCCCUCUACGAGCAGACCCAGCACCGGGCAGAGAUGGAGGCAGUAGGCCUGGCUGUGGAAGCCCAGACGGAGGCUCUGGAGGAGCUGAGGCUGGAGUCAGAGGAGCUCUACCAUGCAGCACUGAGGCCAGACCCCCUGCUCUUCCCCUUCACCCACCAGGGACCCAGCUACACACCGCCCAAGGCCCAGUAUGAGGCACCUGAAGGCAAAUACAACAACAUCACCAAAGUCUACACCCAGUGAGAGGGUGGCAGUAUUAACAUUGUGGGCGUAACAUGUGUUUACAUGGUUAUUACAUCCCCUUGUCUUUACAUGAUUUGGACAGACUACAUAUUUGACGAGCAUGUUAAUGAAAAUAGAUCAGACAUGAAAGCUUGCUCAGAACAACGUCCCGGCCACCAAUAGUGGAUGGAUGUCUCAUUCAAAGUGUAAGGGUAAUUCAACCGCUUACCGACCAGAGGACCAUGACCCUGACAUAUUCAUCGUAUUGACUACUGCCCUAUCAUGGAUACAUGAGUUUCAAUUCACACUCAUGAAGUGAUUCACAUUCUGCUGUAUUGUUACAUUCAUAAACAUAAUAGGUUUAAAUACAACCUGUAAGUAAAACAUACCAGAGGGUUGAUAAGCAUUUUAAUGUAUAUACACUGUAGAUGAGGUAUCCUGUGAAAUAAUAAAGGCAAAGAGCCCGGGUAAUGGUGUUACAGAAACACUGGCCUCCAUUUCAAUAGGUAGAGAAACAUACAGGCGCUCAUUUGAGUCUCCUUCCACACAAUGCCGAGACAGUAUUACAAAAAAGUCAGACCACUGGUGCGGGCCAGAAUACUGUAUGGUAUGGCGCUCUUACCCUUUUGCCAAUAUAGUAACUCUUUUAGCUGUUCACCAAAAUACACUCACUGGCCAGUUUUUUAGGUACACCACCCCGUUCAUGAAAAUGGAUCGGUCCUACAGACAGUGAG